AUGUUCAGAGCCAUUAUCCCCAAGUCCACAACAGCAAAGUCGGUCGCGACCGUCACUUUACUAGGCAUUGGAGCUUACGGCGUCCAAUCACGUCUUAUAUCAACUGCCAACGCCGAGUCAAGUGUGACUCCCAAAAUCUUCUCAGGAUUUGGACUUACAACCUUGCGCUUGCAAAGCACCAAAGAUGUAAACCACAACACGAAAAGACUCGUCUUCGAGUAUCCAAUCGAGAACGCCACAAGCGGAUUGUCAUUAACUUCGGCACUCCUCACCAUAACCCGGCCCGAAGGACGCUGGUUCCCCGUGCUACGCCCAUAUACACCCAUCAGCGAUCUAAAUCAAGAAGGCCAGAUCGAAUUCAUGAUCAAGAAAUAUCCAAACGGCAAAGCGAGCUCCCACAUCCACUCCCUCAAGCCAGGAGACACCCUCACAUUCGCAGCGGCAAUUAAGGGACACGCCUGGACACCGAACCAAUCGCCACAGGUUUACCUCAUAGCAGGCGGAGCCGGUAUUACACCAAUCUACCAGCUUGCGCAGGGUAUUCUCAACAACCCUGCUGACAAAACUAAAAUCAACCUCGUCUUCGGCGUCAAUACAGAGCAGGACUUGCUGCUACGAGAAGAGCUGGAGAGCUUUAAGACGCGCUUCCCGGGUCGCUUUGACUAUAUAUACACAGUCAGUCAUCCGAAGGGACAGGGUCAUGGUUUCAGGAAGGGAUAUGUUACGGAGGAGUUAUUGCGGGAGGUUGUGAAGGCCGACGGUGAUGCGAAGGUCUUUGUUUGUGGACCUCCUGCUAUGGAGGAAUCGUUGGUUGGAUCGAGAUUCCAGAGUGGGAUUCUAAAUCAAGUUGGGUUUACAAAGGGUCAGAUUGUAAAGUUUUAG